AAUGGUUUGACAUUUGUCAUAAAUACAAAAUGGUCAAUAAACAACGCGAACGCGCGUUUUGUAAAGCCGCUGUUUAAACAACGUUAACCUCAUUUUUGGUUAAUUAUAAUGAUUAUGACUUGAAGUCGGAAUACAGUAUAUUAAAAACUACAAAAAUGAUUAGAGUCACACACCAACUGGACUAUUUACGGCUAGCCGAGCUCGACAAUGGUUGGGUGGAAGCUAUCUACUUUUCAGAGUUCCUCGAGUUUGGAGAAUUUCCUGAGCAAUAUGCACUCAUUCUGGAGAAUGUGGAAAUUCGGUCAGUUUUUCGUAAAAUUAUGUCAGCCGUGGACGAAUGGCUCAGGGAUUCUAGCAGUGAAGAAGAGAAGUCAUGGGCCUUGUUAUCACGUGAAGUGAACCCUCGGAAGUUGCUAGCAUUUUUAGCAUAUUAUAUUGAUAAUGGGAGUAAGAAUAUUAUGUCUCACGAACACCGGAACACUGCUCUGCUGGCUGCGCGUGUGUACUUCAAGAUGUUGUCUAUCCCAGGUUACAAAGCCUAUCACAUAUAUCAUUCCCAGCUGUUUGCACAGUCCUUAGGAUGCCUUGGUUACCCGAAAAUAAUUUGUGAGAAUGAAGACAACUAUUUCAACUUGAAGCAAUUGACCAGGGAGGUGAAUUCCGUGAUUAAAUCACUUUCAUCAUUUGUAAAAGCUCUAAGAGCGGUGAUUGACGCCCUGCAUUUGACCCCAACUGACAUGAAUUUUGAAGAUAUUCUUAGUAACCUGGUGGAGUUCACUGGUGGUGCUAUUGUUAACAAACUUGAUAUAGACAAAAUAGAACUAGCCAACAUUUCUCAAGUAAUUUAUGAGAUGAUAGAUAUACUCUUGUGUGACUCUGAUGGGGAUCCUAAACCUGAGGCCAUUCAGCUGUUGUUUAAAUGUCUGCUGCCAAAACUAGUAGCUGCCUCCGUUGACAACAAAAGUGCCACUAACUUAGUCAGAGCAUCAUAUGUGACUUACUCGGGUUUGAUACUGACCAAGUAUGGGAACUCAGCACUCUCUGCAUUCAUCACUCUUCUACAACACCUCUGCUAUACCUGUGAUGGUUUGGAGCGCGCAGAAGUUCGGUCAGCCCGCGUGUCGCUAGUGAUUGGUUUGAUGAGUAUUCUACCACAGAAGUCAUACCGCUUCAUCGUCCGCUGGAUCCUCAAGUUGUCCAACACGGCCAAAGUGUCGCAUCGGCAUAUUGCACUGGAAUUGAUUGGGCAGUUGUUAAACAACGAUCCAGAAGAAUCCGCCGCACCUCCGCCUCCGACAGAGCCACCAGCAGCUGUAUCAUCGGAAAAUCAAGAAUCUGUCGACCAAUCAUCAAACCAGCCAGAAAACGCUGACACUACAGCCGCUCCAUCUAAUCAAGAAGUAUCAGAUAACCAAAACAUAACAACAAUGAAAAUUCAGAAUACCUCCACACCUUUGCCAAACUGUUACGUUGUUUUAUCAAGAUCUCCUGGCAUUGAAAAUGCAACAAAAACAGUUCCCUAUGAUAACCUCACUCCAGGACCAUCUGGUACUGAAAAUACAGCACCGACUGAUGACCCAAUGACAGGUGAUCCCACUCCUGGAAUAUCUGGUACUAAAAAUACAGCACCAACUGAUGACCCAAUGACAGGUGAUCCCACACCUGGAACAUCUGGUACUAAAAAUACAGCACCGACUGAUGACCCAAUGACAGGUGAUCCCACACCUGGAACAUCUGGUACUCAAAAUACUGUACAAAUAAGCCCAGUACCAGGUCCAUCGGGUCUUCAAAUCAAUGACUCUCAAAGUACUGACUCAAUAGGACCAGAGAUUUUUGACUCCGGGAUACAAGAUCCUACGACAGGCCUUGACACCGAGUGUGAUGAUUACAUUAUGUCUUUACUUAACAACGAGAACCUGCCAGAUUUGCCCGGGCCUAUAGAGCUUGGUGAUAUAGAUCUCCAAUUUGCUAUGUUUAACGAACUUAACAAUCAAAUUAAUGAAGCAAAUCAGGUUGAAGCUACGCCUGUCAAGGAUGUGACUGUGGAACUGGCUACGACAGACAAAGAGGUGGUAUUAGUUGAACCGGCCACGCCUGUCAAAGAGGAUCCACCGAUUGAAGCUACGCCGCAAAAGAAGAAGGGCAAGAGUAAGAAAGGUCGAGCGAGUGCGGCGGAAGCUCCGCCGCCGGAACCCGUGCCGAUAGAUGAUGAGAGCAGCCAAGAACAUAAUCCCGACAUAAUAGCCGAGGGCGACAUCGCAGGCCUGCUUCGCCAGCGCCCGCACACCGUACCCCACGCGGAGCUAUUGCGAGCCGUGUAUGACCGCGUCAACGACGUCUCAAGUACGCUGCGAACGCGCGCGCUUGCGUUGCUCAGUGACUGUCUUGCGAGCCCUCGCCCGCCGCUACGAGAAGCGGUUUCAGAGUUGAACGGAUCAGGUGCGGUGUCGCGGCUCAUGGUGGUGGCGGCGCGCUGCGUGAGCGACGAGCGCGCCGCCGUGCGCAAGGCGGCCGUGGCGCUCGUGCACCGGGAACUCGUCGAUGGACCGCCGCCGCAGCCCAACGACCUUGGGAUCCUAGUGAGCUUGUGCCGUGACGCGAGUAUAAUAGUCCGUUCGGCGGCUAUCGCUUCGCUCGGCGAGAUAGUAGUGAAACGACCGAGCGACGACGUUUUGGACGCGUUCCUCGCUGGGCCCAUGCAUCAGAUGAGCGACCCGGAGACCAAGGUGCAAGAGCUAGUAGUGAAUCUAAUGCAGCAGGUAGCCUUCGACCGCCUCCAGAAGCAAUCGUCUCUAGCGGCCGAGAGUCCGCUCCCGUGGCAGUUCCUGGCGGCCAUCACGAGACACAACAUGCGGCGGCACCUGCAGAAGGCGUGCGUGCUGCUCGCUAAGACUUCCAAGUGUAUUAACCAUCGCGUCGUGGACGCAGUCAGCACGCAUCUGGGCGUCCAGGGCGAUGAACGCGACCUACAAUGCCUAGUGCUUCUAACGAGCAUCGCGAGGCUAGUCGACUACUCUGAUGUUACCUUCAUACUGGACUAUUACUACAGCCUGGUUGACAACACGCAGGGACGUGACCAGCGCCUAAAACCGCUGACUUUAGAACUGCUAACGCUGUGGUCGCGCUACUUAACACCGAGCGAUCGCACCGCGCUGAGGGAACACCUCGCCGCGCGCCUCGCCACCGCCUCGGGAGAGGACGGUUGCCGGAUACCGAGUGCAACGCUUGCCGCACAUUUGGACCCCACCAACUUGCAGUGGGCCAAUGAAUUACUACAACUGUCGGAGAAGCGAGCUCUGAGCGGCGGCGGCGUGUCGGAGUGGGUUCGCGCGGCCGACCUGUCGCUGGUGGCGCCCGCGCCGCCCUCCCCCGCGCUGCUCACGCUGUUCCUCACCGCGCUGCGCGACCCGCCCGCAGAGUGGUCGGCAUCGUGGCACGGCGCGGCCGUGGCGGGGCUGGGGCGGCUGUGCGUGCGCUCGCGCGGCGCCGCCGCCGCCGCCGCGCCGGCGCUGGCCGCCAUCUUGCACUCCUCGCAACACGCGCUGCAGGCACGUGUCAACGCGCUGCUGGCACUCGCCGACAUUUGCGUCAGAUACACCAAUAUAGUGGAGCCGCUGCUAGGCAACGUGUCGAUGUGCCUCAACGUGUCGGCCCCGGCGGCGCUCCGGCGCUCCGCGGCGCGGUCGCUCACUCGCCUCCUGCUGGCGGGCUUCCUGCGGCUGCGGCCGCCGCUGUACUACCGGUACUGCGCAUUGCUGGCGGACUCGGACGCCGACGUGCGCGAGCCGGCCGAGUACUACCUGACGAGCUGCCUCACCUCCGACGCCAUCUACCACCACUUCGUCGACUGCAUCAAGCACUACAACAGCUCCCGAUCAGGUAUUAUUGACCGAGCGAGCGUGAGGCGGACUCUGACGCCGACCGAGCGAGAGGCGGACUCUGACGCCGACGUGCGCGAACCGGCCGAGUACUACCUGACGAGCUGCCUCACCUCCGACGCCAUCUACCACCACUUCGUCGACUGCAUCAAGCACUACAACAGCUCCCGAUCAGGUAUUAUUGACCGAGCGAGCGUGAGGCGGACUCUGACGCCGACCGAGCGUGAGGCGGACUCGGACGCCGACGUGCGCGAGCCGGCCGAGUACUACCUGACGAGCUGCCUCACCUCCGACGCCAUCUACCACCACUUCGACGACUGCAUCAAGCACUACAACAGCUCCCGAUCAGGUAUUAUUGACCGAGCGAGCCGUGAGGCGGACUCUGACGCCGAUGUGCGCGAGCCGGCCGAGUACUACCUGACGAGCUGCCUCACCUCCGACGCCAUCUACCACCACUUCGUCGACUGCAUCAAGCACUACAACAGCUCCCGAUCAGGUAUUAUUGACCGAGCGAGCCGUGAGGCGGACUCUGACGCCGACGUGCGCGAACCGGCCGAGUACUACCUGACGAGCUGCCUCACCUCCGACGCCAUCUACCACCACUUCGUCGACUGCAUCAAGCACUACAACAGCUCCCGAUCAGGUAUUAUUGACCGAGCGAGCGUGAGGCGGACUCUGACGCCGAUCGAGCGUGAGGCGGACUCUGACGCCGACGUGCGCGAGCCGGCCGAGUACUACCUGACGAGCUGCCUCACCUCCGACGCCAUCUACCACCACUUCGUCGACUGCAUCAAGCACUACAACAGCUCCCGAUCAGGUAUUAUUGACCGAGCGAGCCGUGAGGCGGACUCGGACGCCGACGUGCGCGAGCCGGCCGAGUACUACCUGACGAGCUGCCUCACCUCCGACGCCAUCUACCACCACUUCGUCGACUGCAUCAAGCACUACAACAGCUCCCGAUCAGAGAGUAUAUCGUUCGACGCGCGCCAGCUGAUCUACGACGUAAUGCUGCAGCGAUUCUCCAUCGUCCAGAAGCUGAACGUGCAAUGCAGACUAGCGCGAGAGGUGCUCGAGAACGCGGCUGAAUGGAUCGAGGAGAACGGCGAGGAAGACAAGCCUGGAGGGCCGACGUUCGAGCCGGACAUGGCCGCCACGUUGCUCGACACCAUCACGCUGCUCUGCGGGGCUCGCAUGAAACUACCCAAAAAACCUGAUAAGUCUGGUGACGUAGCGGACAUAGACGACCUUCAGGAGAGAGUCACCACCAACAUCGUGUCACAUAAAAUGAAGCGCACCGUAGCGGAGGUGCUGGUGCCUGCCGUGCUCCGUCUCCACGCCAAGGUCAAGUGCGGACAGAUCUCCACCUACCUGGUGCGCAUCGCCAACGAGCUGCUCGUCGACUACCGGCAGGAGAUCGAGGAGCUGAUCGAGAACGACGAGACUCUAGUGGGGCGCAUGAAGACGUACCAGGAGCUGAUCGGGGUGGACAAGAUGCCGGCGUUCGGCAACACGCGCAACCUCGUCACCACGUCGGCGCCGCCCGAGCCCGACACGCCGCGCGCGCGCCGCCGCCCCGCGCGGCAGAGCUCCGGCCCGCCCCGCAAGCGCGCGCUCCGGAUAUGA